CGACCAUCAUGGAUGGAACGCGCGUCGACACGCCACGGCGAGACGCGUCAAAUUCCCCAUUCUAAUAGCAAAUAGGGCUCUACAACUAGGGUUUUACAUUGGAGGAAAUAUUUUGCGGUACUCCGGUGAUCGAUCGAUCGAUCGCGUGCCGUGCCAGGUUUGUAGCGAUGUCGCAUUCCGGAGGAGGAUACUCGAGCGCGCCAUCGGCGCCACCGGCGCCUUCAUCGCCCUAUCAAUCAUGGCAGCCGGGGCAAUCCACAGCCUACUCGUCAUCGCCAUACGCGCAGCCUCCGUCGGCCUCGCCAGCUCCUCCUUAUGCAUCUCCAUACUCGUCUGGAUCUGGAGCUGCUCCAUCCUAUGGGGGCGCCGCGCCGACGCCUCCCUAUGGAGGACCUCCAUCGGCUCCUUGGGCUCAGCCUCCAUCGGGCUACCCAUACGGCUAUCCACAGCAGCCUCCACAGUCGGGCUACGGCCAAUUCGGGGCGCAAUUCCCUCCUGGGACCGAUCCGGAGAUCGUUCGCGCUUUCCAGGGUGCCGAUCGCGAUGGCAGUGGGACGAUCGAUGAUAUGGAGCUCCAGACGGCGCUCUCGGCUGGGCAGCCUUUCAGCUUGCGGACGGUCCAUCUCAUGCUCCACCAGUUUGCCAACAAUGCGAAGAGAAUCGGACCAACGGAGUUUGCGACGCUCUGGAAGGCUCUAAGAGACUGGAGAGGAACUUUCGAGCGGUUUGAUAGAGAUCGCAGCGGGAGAAUAGAGACCGGAGAACUUAGAGACGCGCUGUUGAGCCUCGGAUAUGCAGUCCCACCAUCGGUACUGCAAAUUCUAGUCUCAAAGCACGAUAAGACUGGGCAAGCCCGCGGCCUAGAUUAUGACAACUUUGUCGAGUGUGGCUUGGUUGUAAAGGGACUCACGGAGAAGUUCAAGGAGAAGGAUGUGAAGCUCACGGGCUCGGCCACGCUAAGCUACGAGGCGUUCAUGCUUAUGGUUUUGCCUUUCAUCGUUGCCUAGAGAUAUUAGUCUCUUGUUAGAUUACUCAUCGUGUUUGUAUGUUCGUUUGCAAAGUAUUGGAACCAGGCAGUAGUGAAAGCGAAAGAAGACGUACGUGUUCUAUCGCUCGAAAAGACUUGCCACUGUAUAAUCAGGUACUCACAAACGACUAAUUCAAGUGGCUCAUCCAAUUUGUCAACUAA